CCGCUAAGCAAAAAUCGAUUGCUUUCUUCCAUUCUAACACUCCAGAGAAUUUUACAUCCAUAAUUGGAACAAAUUCUUGUUUACUUUUACAUAGAGAGAAAGACCGAACUGAUAAGAGAUAGUUGAAAUAAUUAGACCAAGUUAGCAGACGACAGUCUGUGUAUCGUGCUGUGUUAUAAUGAGGAACUAUGGUCGGUUUGGUUUGUUAUUGUGUUAUUUUGGAUUGGUGUGCUGUAAGUCAGCGGUAGAUCCCGACUUGUACAACGAAUAUUGGGAUCAGAAGGAACCACUUCCGGAGUUCCUCGAGAGACUUCGUCAGACACUGUAUGGACCGGAAUAUAACGAUUAUCCCGAUUACCGAGUGCUCCCGAAUGAAGCGAAAGACACACGCGGAAAAUUGCAGGUGGUUCCGAGCUGGCCGUCACACAAAACGACAGCAGUAAUAGGUCAAGUGGGAGGAAUUGCCCUAGAUUCUAAAGGCGAUAUUGUCGUGUUUCAUCGUGCUGACAGACGUUGGGAAUCAGGGUCAUUCGGAACAUCAGAUCGCAUUAGUCCACUUCUCGGACCCAUACAGAAAGAUGUUUUGUUGUGGAUCAGUAAUGAAACAGGGGAGAUAAUAAAACAGUCAGGAGCAGGAGAGUAUUAUAUGCCUCAUGGUGUGACAGUAGACAAAGAUGAUAACAUAUGGAUAACAGAUGUUGGUCUUCAUCAGGUUAUUAAAAUUCCAAAAGAUCCGAAUGCAGCAAAACUGGUUCUUGGGGAAAAACUUGUACCCGGAAGUGAUGUAACACAUUUCUGCAAGCCGACAGAUGUCGCUGUGGCGUCUAAUGGCGAAUUCUUUGUUGCAGAUGGAUAUUGUAAUGGGAGAAUCAUGAAAUUUUCACCCGAGGGAAACUUCAUAGGGCAAUGGGGCCACGUUUCUACAGGAGCACCUCUUGGAAACUUUGAUUUACAUAUACCUCAUAGCCUUGCCUUGGACGAAUCACGUGACCGCAUUUGUGUCGCUGAUAGAGAAAAUGGAAGGAUUCUGUGUUAUACGGCUGGUCUGAAUGGAACAAAGGAAGGGGAGUUUAUAAAACGCUACGAGCCACAGAGGGGCACUAUUUACGCCAUUGAGUUUGAUUCUAGCGGUAAACUGUUUGCUGUGAAUGGUCCAGGAUUCCCUGUCACGGAAGGAUUUACAUUAGACACGAUGGGAAACAUUGAGGAAUUUUGGGGACCAACCAAUAAUGGCUUCCCGGGACAACCGCAUGAUGUGACUGUAUCACGUGACGGCAGUAAUGUAUUUGUUGGAGAUAUUGAAGGGUCUCCAAAAUUGUGGAGAUUUUCAAGUACAGAAGUACCCGUAAAAACUGUUGGAAAAUGAAUUUGAAAAGAUAUUUCUUUAAAAAAUAAUAAACUAAAAUAAAAAAAAAAUAAGUAAAC